AUGAUGAUGACAAGAAGUGUAAGUUUGCAAUGGACGAGUGAAGCAUUCGAGGUGACUCUGGAGCAGGGUCAGGUAAAGCAUGUUCGAGACACACUCGUACGUUUGUUAUACCAGCUCCCGUUCAAGUACAUCGUUACCGCUAGGAACAAAGCAACAAAAAUUAGUGGUUCAUGCACUGAUAGGAAUGAGCUACGUGUGGACUCCAACCCGAUUAUCCCACCAGACAUUUCACUGCUGAAGAUUGUCGACGUAUUUGGCUUUGAAGACCUCUCGCAUAACUCACUGGAUAGAGAAGAACAAGUGCAUCCUCUUGGAAUUUUCGCUUCGCCUGAGGAGCUGACUAUUCUUCACCAAAGCGAAAACGUGAACGCGCAGCAAGAGGAAAAACGGAACAGAUUGUUUGUACGCAACAUCUACGACCGCAAUCCGUCUCGAUUACCUGAACCGCCUCGCGCCUUAAACAAGGGAAAUCUUCGAUUUACUGUAUUGCCGAACAAAUUACCCUUUAUAAUCCCGCACACACGUGGAAACGUUAAUUUCGUGAAGAAAAACUCGGACUUUGUCUACUCAAGCCUGUUGGUGGGGCUCGAGGCUUCAGCAGAGUCUCGACUACCUGGAGGUUGGGCAGUUUCGCUCUCACGUUAA